GAACAAAGGUAUGAGUCAAAGUAAUUCUUAGUAUAUUACAACCAUUCUUCUCUUCUCCCCCUUCUCGUAUUAUGACCACCUUCCUUAUUAUUCCCUAGCUACCCGUAUCCUAAAGUCUUCUGUCAGCCAAUAUUUGCUUUUGCCGAAAUCGGUGGUCACAUCCAACCUCACUCAGAAAGAUGUAUUUCAGACCAGUCCACACAGAUCUCCAUCUCCCAACUCUCUACAAAUUCAUCCAAACCAACCCUCUCGGAAUCCUCACCACCGCCAUCCCCUCCUCAAAAUACAACACCAUCCAAAGCUCCCACAUCCCCUGGAUCCUGGACCUCCCACCCCCCUCAGACCCCGACCCCGACCCCGACUCUCCGCCUCCAAAUGCCCGACUAAGAGGGCACAUGGCCCUCGCAAACCCACACGUCAAAGCCCUCAUCGAAGCAGCAACAGCUUCCGGGUCCAACACCUUAACAGAAGACGUCAUGAUCCUCUUCAACGGCCCCGCGCACCACUACAUCACGCCGAAAUUCUACGUCGAAACGAAACCGGCGACGGGGAAAGUGGUGCCGACGUGGAACUACACCGCAGUCCAAGUCUACGGGACGGCGACGGUGCAUUUCGACACCUCGAUGCCGGAGACCGGGACCUUUAUCUCUAUGGCGAUCGCGGACCUGUCGCGGCAGAGCGAGGAGGGGAUUUUUGGGUUUGAUGGGAAGGAGGGGAGGCCCGGGCCGUGGAGUGUGGGGGAGGCGCCCGAGGCGUAUGUGGCGUUGUUGAGUAGGGCGAUUGUCGGGGUGGAGGUUGAGGUUAAGAGUGUGGCGGGGAAGUUUAAGAUGAAUCAGGAGUUGGGGGUCGGUGAUAGGGUGGGUGUUAUUGAGGGGUUUGAGAAGCUGGGGACGGAUCUGGGAAGGGAGAUGGCGAGGACUGUGAGGGAGAGGGGGGAGUUGAAGGAUAGGCUGGCGUUGGAAUCAAAGGCGUAGUCGUUGGUGUUGAGAUGGAACUGAGUAUCAUGGGCAAUGAAUUGUUUGCUG